AUGGCUUCAACCCAAACUGCCUUGCCGUUCCUCACGCGCAACUAUUCCAACACGCAAACGCAGUAUCCCCCACCCAACGGCCCCUGGCCCAGUCGUCGGACCUCGCUCUCCAGUUUCCCGGCUUCGAGAUCCCCUUCAUCAAUGUCCAACACGUCUCGCCCGUCGCGAUCCCCUCAGCCGCCUCCCAUCGUCGAGACGGACCGUUCCUCGAACCCGAGCUCCAAGUCCAAGACGCCCUCUACCGGCGUGUCGUCACAACACUCGUCGCUGUCCGCCCCGAGGCGCUACAACCCCGACGCGCAUCCCUCUCGCAAGCUACGCUCACAGUACCCGCGUGGGUCCACCGAGAACCAUGUCGAAUAUAUCUUGGUCGCUUCUUUCGAUAUUGACCGAGGCCCGGUGAUGGAGCACCAGUACCCCGUCUCCAUCACCGGCGACGAGCACAUGCUGGCGGAGCUCAUGUUGCCCGACCAGGCGCACGUUCGAAAUCAGGACUGGACCAUCUUCUUCUUGCACAAAGAUACCAGUCAGGAGGAGGAAGAUGAGGAACGCAAAGCAAAGGAGGUCAGGAAAAAAAGGAGGAGGCGCUUGCGCAACCGAGCUGCCGGAAUCAUUGACGAAGAAGACGACGGCGAGAACCUGGACGACGAUGAAGAGGGGGAACUGGAUGACCUGGACGAGAAUGACGAUUCUGAAUCGGACGAUGGCGAGCCCGAAGGAGGAGAAGGGCCGCCUCUGAUCUACGUCUUGAACUUGGUCAACACGAAACAGGACAAAACGGUCAAGAGAGGCGCUGUUGUGAAAGCGAUGGCAAUCUGCACCAGACAUCCAUUUCUGCACAUAUACAAGCCCCUUUUGCUGCUGGCGCUAGACGAGUACUUCAAGGCGCCAGUACCAGAGACGCUGGCUAUGCUGUACGAUGCCGUCAACGCCAUGGACCUGUCUCUUAUGCCGAAACUCAGCCUGCUUGAACGACAUUUGCUAUUAGCCAGUGACAACAAGGACUUGUUUGUGGAGAAGUUUGAACAGAUGAUUCAGAUGCGGAUAGCCGAGGAUCGCGGCGAGCACCUUGUUGACCAGCCCUUUGAUGCAAGCAGGGAUCCGCCAAAGUUGCCCGGUGUUUCGAGAGCAGGGACAAAAGCCCAUGUCGAAGGAGCUUCGCAAUACUCGGUCCCACGAGACACACACGAGUUUGAAAGUAAAGUCAUGUACAAGGGCAUUCCGAUUCCUAUCAAGGUGCCUGUUGCCGUCAUGCCAGAAACCGUGGGUGACUUCUCGUUGAUUAAGCUCAUCCAGAAGUUUUCCGAGUCUCAAGGAAAAGCGCCACAGCCGUUCCCCUUGCAUCCGCAGUUGACGACAAAUGGCCCGAAUACACACCCCAUCAUCGUAUUGGCCAAUGCGUUGCUGACGCAGAAGCGGGUGAUCUUCCUGGGACACAACAUGCCUUCGGGCGAGGUUGCGGAGGCGGUCUUGGCGGCAUGCGCCUUGGCAUCCGGUGGUAUACUCAGGGGCUUCACGCGGCACGCCUUCCCCUACACCGAUCUGACCAAGAUUGAUGAUCUUCUCAACGUGCCCGGAUUUAUCGCCGGCGUCACAAAUCCAACUUUCGAACUGCAUCCCGAAUGGUGGGACGUAUUGUGUGACUUGCCCACGGGGCGAGUCAAGAUCAGCAGCAAGAUCGACCCGGCGCCCACAACUGAAGGGAUGGUCUACUUUCAACAACAUAACCCGUCAUAUGCUGGACUCGUUGGAGGCACCUCCAAGGUCGCGGCCGAGAGCGAUCUCACGGGAGACGCAGCUUUCAUGCAGGAUAUCUUGCGGAGCAUCGCUGCCAGGCAUGGCGAAAGAGUGAUUCGAGCCAAGUGGCGAGACUGGGUGAUUAGGUUCACCAGAGUCGCAGCCGCUUUCGAGGAGAGCGUGUAUGGCGCGAGUGCGCUUUACAUUGGCGGCGACGAGAUGGAAGUGGGCCCGGUAGGCGUCAAUGGGCACGGUUACGUGUGGCCUGACGAGCAGUCCAAGUCCAAGGAACUUGCGGGCAAUGUGACGAGGAUCGAAGGAUGGAGAAACACGAGGAGCUACUACAGCUUCAUCCAGGAUCUCGCACUAAUGUACACGAUACGGCCACUCAAAGGUCUCGACCUACAUCAUAUGCACGAUCGGCUACGGACGCAGCGGCUGAAUCCAAUGCAAAGCAAGGAAAUCUACAUGACGUUUUCCAAAUACGUCCACUCCUACGACGAGAUUUGCUUACUACUGAGUGUGGCGCCAGAAUCGCACGCCGGUUUGUUCUAUGUCGCGCUCGGUCUUUUCCACAAAGACCGCGACGUGCGAUUUAAGACGGCCGACCUGCUGGAGCGCAUCGGCGAGCACGAGGCGGGUCAGCAUUGGUGGAAGGCACUCAGCCGGUUCGAAAAACUGGCGUACAACCGUAUACGCAGGGAGCUGGACGCGGAGAUGCGUGCGAAGCUCGAAAAGGAGGGCCUGAGUCCCGAGGUAGAGAAACGGGUCAGCUAG